AUGGCAGCUCUCGACGCGAUCCACGAGCACAAUGAGCGUGACCUCGAGGCAGGGCACGCUACGCCACCGUCGUCACUCGUCAAGGAAAAGGCCCGUCGGCGCAACAGCUGCCACCGGUUCGCCUGGGUCGCCCUUCUCGUCACGGCAGCCGUCACCAUCGCCCUCGGGGCCUUCCUUGGGGUUCUCUACGUGGCGCUCGACCCGAAGAUGCCCCUUUACACGGUGCACGCGCUCAACGUGACAGCCUUCGGCAUGGACAACGAUAUGACCGCGCGUGCGCGGUUCGACGCGGCGGUCCGGUUCGAGAACCCGAACCGCGCCAUCGGCAUCUCGUACGAGGAGGGGUCCAGCCUCGCGGUGUGGUACGGCGGGUACCGGCUGUCCGAGGGCGCGCUGCCGGCGUUCUACCAGGGGCACCGCGACUCCGCGGUUGUGCACGUCGCCAUGAGCGAGGCGCGGCUGGGUGGCACGGGGGUGGUGGAGGCCAUGCGGCACGUGAACGGGGCCGGCGGCGAGCUGCCGCUGGUGUUCCAAGGCGAGGUGCCGGUGCGGGUGAAGGUCGGGCCGGUGACGACCGCCAAGGUGACGCCCCGUGUCCGGUGCGACCUGGUGCUGGACAGGCUGAGCACCGAGGGCGGGAUCGGGGUCAAGAGGAUGAGCUGCAACUUGAAGUUAUGGUGAUCCGGGGCUUUGCCGUUUGAUGGUUCAACUCCCAAACGACACACUAGUACUGUGCAUGUGAAGCGUACAAUGAGUUAUGUACUGUAUAUAGUAGUAAUUUCCUUAUUUCUAUGAUCAGAAUUUUGUUUAUA